AAAGGAUUUGGAAACACUUAAAAAAUUAAUUAAACAGGAUCUUUACUGAGUUGUAUUGUGACAUUGACUUUCCUCAUUCUCAACAGCAGUAUAUCAGGUAUGAUAAAAGCACAAUACUGACUGGUUAUAUUCAGCAGAUAAAAAAAAAAUGGAAACAACACAAAGAAUUGCAAUCCUUGUUGUGUUGCUGUAUGCUGCUGAGUGCCUGGAUGUAGACUUUGAGUCUGCAAAAAUAACUCAGCUGUACAAUCGGGAUGAAGUUGCAGAGUUUACCAAAGCACCACAAGUUACGAUGAUGUAUUUUUAUAAGAAAGAUGUGAAGUAUCUAAAAUACUUUUUUAAAGAACUCAUCAAGUCUUCUGAAUAUCUUGAUUUGUAUGGAGUGAAAGUUGGUUUUGUGAACUGUAAGGAUGAUUCAAACCGUGAUGUACACGAUUGCAGCAGACCUGACACGGAAAACAAUGUUCACACAUACAGGAAUGGGAACCCUCUCUUGCAACUUGAGCUGGAGACGCUGUUUGACGUUAAUGCCAUCCUUUCAAACAUGUUGCAGCUGGUUUUAUUAAAGGACGUGCCCAUACUACAGAACAGGGAGGAGGUUGAGAGGUAUCUGAAAACUCAACGAGGGAAGAAAGACAUCGUCUUCGGGCAUAUGAAGGCCAUCGGAACAUUAGAGCACCGAGUAUUCAUGGAGGUGGCCUAUGCGUACAUGGACAAGCUCAAGUUUGUGGUCUGCACUGAUAAGAAGGGCACCAAGAUGUUUGACCUGCCCCCUCACUCAAAGAAGGACAAACUGACCCUGUGGUGGGUGUGGACAGAGCAGAUGGGGCCAGACGACACACGCUUCCACAAUAUACGCUACAAAGGCGAGACCAGCCUUACUGCCAUCGCACGCUUCAUUAAAGUCAUCACGAAUAAGAAAAUGUAUGACAUGCCUGCCAAUGGAAUGGACCCCCCAUAUCUAGCCCUGGAGGUGCCGGUUGUUCAGUUCUACUAUGACCAGUUAUCCAUGUCCCAGGUGCAUCAGACAGCCCAUGUCAUGUCUAGAUUUUUUGGGGGCAAUGUUGGAAUUGUGCUCAUUAAUACUGAUGCUGAAGAAGUUAAGAAAAUGAUUGCUUACCAAGGAUUAGUUCCAGCUGUUAGCAUAACAAUGAGUAAAGAUAUGCCAGAGAAGUUUCUUCCAGAGACGUUCACAACUGACAACAUAGCUGGUUUCCUGGAGAAUGAAUUAGGCGGGGAGCCAAUGUACCCAGACCUACAUGAUGACCAUCCUGAAAGUGACCACGAGGAGGGGGAACCAGCAAUGUAUGAUGAUGAUAUGGAGGAGAUGGAUGACCGUCCCCCAGAUCUUGGUGUUGAAGAAGUUGAGAAUCAGGAUGAUAGAGUAGCAGAGGCUGUGUUAAAGACCAAGAGGUUACCCAUGACCCUGGAUCGUGUCCCAGCCCUUACUGACAAGACAUUCCCCUCAGUUGUCGGGAAGGGAACCAUCACUCUUGUCCUCUUCUACUUCCCUUUUGAUUCUAUAAGCAUGGCCAACCUUCGUAUGUUUGGUGAGUCAGUGGAGAAAUUGAGUGAGCAGACAACACUGAGCAUUGCCCGUGUGAACUGUUAUGACUGGACAGACGUGUGCGGUCGGGAGGAUAUAAACAUCUACCCAAUUCUCCGCAUCUAUCGUUUGGGGAAAAAGGCUUGGGACUAUUCAGGGCCGCAGGAUGUUCAAGCCAUGUUUACAACCAUGAAACUGUUAGAGUUAUCGCCUCCUGUGUAUGUGCAAGAUGGCAGCGUACUGAUGGAGUAUCUCAUUGGUCGAGGUGUUACCGUGGAAACCAACUUAAAAGGCGUCACCAACAUCACCGUCACUGGAAUCUUCUCAGAUAAAAAUAAAAAAGAGAUGGAAAUAUUCAAGACACUUGCAGAACAGUCAAGGGAGAGGAUUAUGUUUGUCUACUCAGACAUCAAGGAGGUUGAUGUAAUUGCCAAGCAGUUCAAGACUGCACUCCCUGCAGUGUUUCUCUCCAAGUAUGAUGACAGUAUCCAGCCUGUGGUCACAUUUCAAGGAAAAUUCCACUUGGAUAACCUCCACACUUUUAUCACAGACAACAAACUACCUAAACUGGGCAUACUGACACCACUUAUGUUCCCAGAAAUCCGACAGCACUUCUCCAGUCUCCUGAUUGUGUUUACCGACAAUUCUGACAAGUCACAAGAGUCAGCAGACAUUGUGCGCGAGCUUGUGAAGACCCAACAUUUCAACAACAUAUCCUUCAACAUGAUGCCUGUGUCUGACAGUUCUAGUGUAGGAUAUAAGGUUUUGAAGAAGUACACAAUGGAUACCAGCCUGCCCCACAUCAGCCUUGUAAACCUGAACAAGGGUGAAGUGUUCAACUAUGGAGAGCCGGAGGUUGGGCUGCCUGUCCUUACUCAGUGGCUGGAGGGGGUUACCCAGGGCAACAUACCCUCGGAAGUGAAGCUGACUUCGGGAGACUGGACCCCUAAAAUCAAGGGCUACAACUUCCUGAAGAUUAUGGAGUGGGAGGCAGAGCGUGACAGACGCAAGCAGAAGGUGGUUGUCAAGAAUCAACCAGUCCCUGAUGAGAUACCCAUGGAUGAAUAUAGCGAUGCAGGAGAAAAGAUGGAUCAACAAAGCAGGCUCCAGGAGGACCAGGAUGACUCAGACACGAGACGUGACCUUCUGGAACUCCAGGGUUCACGCCUCUAUAACCAUGGACACGGGCACCACAAGGAAGGUCAAGGUCAUGGACUAGAUCAAGGUCACAUGAAAGAGACUGAAGAAAAGAUGGGUGUGAAAUCAGAUGAACAUGAUAGUUAUAGUGGGGAGAGGACAGGAGUAGAUGAAAACAAUAAUGAGAUGAAGACCAAAACUAUAGGAAAGCAUGACCCGUCAGAACUUUAGAUAUUUACAUGAUAUUUGUUGGAAGCCAAAACUAAUGAAAUGUAUGCUUUUUUACACCAAAUGAUUAAUAUCACUCAAUAUCAAUAUAUUUGGGAUAUUUAUGAAUCAGGUAUAAAUUGGAAAAAGUCUAGAAAUUGCUUAAUUUCAGUAAGUUUAGUCAAUAUGUCUAGAGUAUUUCUUUCAUACUUCAUGUUAUUUUUUUGAGAAUAAAAAAUAUCACAUUGUGUGAUCAAAUAGUAAGGGUAUUGAAAUCAAACUUUAUAUAUAGUUUAUUCAUAUUUACAACAUAUAGUCUGCUGUUGAUUUAUGACAUUCCAGUUAUUGAUAUAUUUAUUUGCUUUUUGUAUCAUUAUUUUCUUACAAUAAAACAAUAGGUGCCAUGAAUCAAAAACGAAUCUCAAUCAUACACAUGUUUACAUCUAUUUUGAGAAAUAUAGCUUUACUUUAUAUUUUAAUAUAUACAUUACAUAUUUGGAGGCCUGUGACCCCAUCUUAUUUUGCUAUCAUUUUAAAGGAAUUAAUUAACAGAAAAAGAAAAUGUAAAAAUCACAUUGCAAAUCUACCCAAAGUACAAUGUACAUAUAGACACUAGCAGAUUUGGGGUGGGGUAUGCCAUAUCAUAGUUUUGAUUUAUUUGCACUACAUGUCUCCUUCUGUAUAUGCCAAAAGUUUUCUAAUACAUUAUUGUAUAUGUGUAUAUUGUGGUUCGAUAUAUUUACAUGAAGUGUUUUAGUACAAGAAAAGGAAAAUCACACAUACACAACAGAACAGAAUUUAAUAUUAGUAUAAUGUAUUAGUUUGUUUAAAUACUUAUAAGUGGUUUAGUGGUAAAAUGUCUGCUUCUCAACCAAGUGGUCAUGAGUUUGAGCCCACCUAUGGAAACCUUCCUUUUGGCUGCUGAAAAAGAAUACACAGUACUGGUUCCCAUCCAGAGAAUGUGCUCAAGGUGAUUCAUACCAGCUAACAGCUAUCUUCACAAUCAAACUAAAUUAGUAUAACAAAUACCUCUGUUCCCUGUUCAGCCAUGUUCUAAUUCUACUAUUAUGUUUUUGUUUGUGCAACGUUUCCCAAUACACAUAAAAUCUUGCUAUAACAUUAAGUUGUUUCUAACAGUAUAUCUUUAAUCCUAUUACUGUCUUACAAAUUUUAUUUUCUGUUAGAUUUAAUUGAAUUUGUGUUUUCUUUAUUGUUUCCAUAUUACAUGUAUAUCUAUAUACACAGAGAUACUUAAGAAAUGCAAAACAUGUACUUCAAAAACCUUUUCUUGAUAAACGAAAACUGUCAUGUCUUGUAAAUUUUUCUAGCAAUCCAUAGGACAUAAUUCGCAAGGAAUUUACUGAGCUUAACAUUUUGUUUGUUUAUCAGAAAUGAUUAAUGAAGAAAAUCUAUUACGUUUUGAAACUCUCACAGUGUGCUAUCAUUUGUAAGUGAUCUAUUGAAGCUAUAUGAUGUGUUCAUUUCAUGCUUAUCAUUUUCUUACAUUAUGUGCUGAGCAUUAUGCUUUAUUUUCAAUAAAUGUAAACAUAG